CGUGACUCACGCACGAGCAGAACGCCAGGCUUUGCAUCCGCAGCGCCCGGAAUUCUUAAUCGGUGAUUCUCGCUGUGCAUCUGAUACCAUCUAUUUGUUACUGCUCCCUUUGACCUUGUGCUGGACGGUUGCUUAUUUUGUCUUGUCUUUUUGUAUUGGCAUCUCGUUGAAAAGAACAUCUGUCUCCUUCAACCCGUGUUAUUUACCCCACCACUUUACUCAUCUGUACUGAAGAACAGGGACGUGAGGGAGGCGCAGCGGAAUGCUGAUUGGUCCUUCAUUGCUACGUUCUGCUACCCGUCAGUCAGCGCCCAGUACUGCGGACAAGGGACAUGGGAAUACGGAAUCUACCGCUUUCCCACAGGAUAUAUUGACUGGUCCAUCCGCGAAUAGCACGCGAAACAGUAUGAACUUUUCUAACUCCGCCAACAGCGAGGACGAGUCUAGUGGCGGGUCCCAGCAUGACGUGCCGGUUACGACAGCUUCCCUAGCAGCAAGUACCGUGUUCGGUCGAGCGGAUGAGAAUAGGAAAAAGGCUGGUCCAUGUUGUGACCUUGAUCGAGCCAUUCAUGCACUCUCACCAACUGCAUUUUUGCCACCGUUCUCCGUUGAAAUGUCACGAUUACCAAAGCCCGUAAUAACGAUAGUCGAGGCGCAAAAGAGCAAUGACAUGUCUGGCGGACCGUAUAUCGCGUAUAUAAUUCACACCGAUAUCCCCGAUCAAUCGGUGCACUAUGAAUGCAAGCACCGCUAUUCAGAAUUUGAAGCGUUUCGAAAGCUUUUAGUAAAACUGCACCCAACUGCUGUUGUUCCUCCCAUUCCCGAAAAACACUCGGUCGCAGACUAUGCCGUCAAACCUGGGAAGGCCAAAGAAGAUCCACAUAUAAUCGAAAAGCGCAAAAAAAUGCUUCAAUCGUUCUUAAAUCGAAUCGCGGCACAUCCAGUUUUGCGCGAGGAACAUGUUUUCCAUAGGUUCCUAGAAGGUGGAGCAACCUGGGCGGAUAUUUUGUCAAGUUCCGGGCUCGGUUAUUAUUUGAAGAAAAGAGAUACGGCAGUCAGCGUGAGCGAAAAGGGGUCUCUCAAGCGUCCAGAUUCCCAUUUCCAGGCCGCAGAGGAUUAUACAGCAAAAUUCGCCUCCCAAAUUGUACAAACUCGUAAAGUGCAUAAGUCAAUGCUUAAGCACUCGUCCGAUAUGGCCGCUACCUACGCGGAACUUGGUGCAGCAUACAAUGGGUGGUCAUUAUCGGAAAGCAGUUUAGCCCAUGCUAUCGAGCAGGUCGGCCAGGCUGUUGACUCCACGGUUAGUGCUACUUCGCAGUUGGUGGCGGCUUUGGAAACAGGAUUUGCGGUGCCACUCCAGGAGUACACCCAGUUCUCAAAAGCCGUCGAGAAGCUGUUGAAAUGGCGACAUAAGAAGCAUGUGGAGUAUGAAACUCUAUCGGAUUCGCUGAUUUCCAAGCAGAGCUCAUUGCAGAAGUUGGAAGCGUCCGAGUCUGAAGCGCAAAGGCUGUCAGCUGUUUUAAAUGCUGAGGGAGUAUCUGGGCACACCCGGCAGCUGAGCACGGGAGGAGGCAUCAUGGCAACUCUAAACUCUCUCAUCGAUAACGAUCCUGCUAUGACACGUCGUAACAAUAUCUCAAGGACGAAAGAUCGCAUCUCUACGAUAGAGGAGCAGAGAGAAGUAUGUAGGGCCGAAUUGCAGGUUGCUAAUGAAGAAAUACAAAAGGAUCUGGAUAGGUUCCAGAUGGAUAAGGUGAAAGAUUUGAGAAAUAUGUUACUGAGCUAUGCUUUAGCCCAAAGAGAUUUCCACCGAAAGGCCACCAAGGCUUGGGAAGAAGCCAAGGCAGAGGUGGAAAAGAUCAAACCGUAGAAUACUGGGUUGAUGCAGAAAUGUAGUGAUUGUUGGUGGGAACCCGCCCUGCGAUUUGUAUCGUUUCAAAAAUGAGCAGCGCCUUGUCUUGCGCUCUUUUUGCACUAAACUCGAUAGUAGUUAUCUGAAUGUGCGAACUCUUAGUAAUAAAUUCUAUUUCGGAGUGCACCGUGGUCGACGACAACCAAAGUCACGAGUCUAGAGGAAUUAGGGAAAAAUGGAAAUAUUGAA